AUGCGGUUUGACAUCCUUGCCCUUUUGCCCCUGGCAGCUCAGGCAGUCAACAUCAUCUCAUCCAACGACGAUGGCUGGGCCGAGGUCAAUAUCCGCGCAAUGUUUGAGUCGUUAGGAGGAGCGGGACAUUCAGUUGUGGUAUCUGCCCCGGCUGAAAACCAGAGUGGCACGGGAUCUCGACAGAAGACCCCGACAAACUUGACGGAGCCAUGCGAGUUCAACAGCUGCCCAUCUGGGAGUCCGGCUGUGGGAUAUAAUGCCUCGGAGCCUCGCCUCGGCUAUGUUAACAGCUACCCAGCAACCUCGAUGAAAUACGGCAUCGAGUCGCGCGCCCCGGAGUUCUUCGAUGGGCCCCCAGACCUGGCAGUCGCAGGCCCCAAUGUCGGCAACAACAUUGGCGUCGCAGUAUAUUUUUCCGGCACAGCAGGCGCCACCACCUAUGCCGCCAGCGCCGGUAUCCCCGCAAUUGCAUUCUCCGGAGCCACCGGAUCGCAGACAUCCUGGAACGCGUCACGGCCAAACUACAGCGAUGUCUACGCCGAUCUCGCAACUAACCUCACCAACCACGUUGUAGCCGCUGGAAAGCCGUACCUGCCAGACGGUAUCUGGCUAAACGUCAACUUCGGGUCAGUCUCGGACUCCGAGUGCAGUAACCCACAAGACUUCUCCUUCGUCCUGUCCCGCAUUCACGUCGCUGUCCCGCUCAUUACACCCCAUGAUGUGACCACGUGCGGAGACACCAGACUGCCAAGUGAAAUUGAGGUCUCUCUAGCCUCAGGGUGCUGGGCGAGUGUUUCAGUUGGCCUGGCAAGCUCGAAGAGCGACGCCAAUGAGACGAUGCAGGGGGUGGUUUUGCAGAAACUAGGCAAUUUGCUUACCUGUCUGCCGUGA